UUGCCAGUUGACAAUGGGAAAACCGCGCCCAAAUGCCUGACCUAAUCACACAUUUCUCGGUAAAAAUUCAGCUUUCUUGGAAGAACCUUGAUUUUUCGAUUCUUAGGAGUUCAAAGCAUUUGACAUUUGAUUGAAAUCGGAGCCGACUCAAUGGCCAAGAAACUAGUCACUAGGCGGGAGCUUCUGGACCGGUGGAGAGGCAUUGAAGAAGAGGAAGAAGAAAACGACGAUGGGGAUAACAAUGAUCCUCUCAAAGGCCGUCGCCUGCACCAGCACAAAGAACAAUGGUUUGCAGAUGCAUAUAAUUUCUUGAUUUGUUUGCCUAAUGAAAGUCAUAUAUGGUGUGGCUUUCGGGAUAUAAUGGGGCCACUUCUGGAGACUUUCUACAAUUUCUUCAAAGAUGAACGUCAAGAUUCACCUCUUAGGCGUUUGUGGAAGAGGAUCUCUGGUGAAAUGCGGCUCUGCCUCCAAUGCGUCUCUCAGCACCAUCAUGCCCGAGAAAUGUACAAAAUGGAGUAUGAAUACAGCACAAUUGGUCCUCUUCUUGAUGUAUUGCAGAAACUUGAUUAUGAGAGGGUGACACUACACCUGAAAGAUAUCAAUGCAAGAAUAGCAGGGCAAAAGUAUGAUCCUACUUGUGAUAAUACGGAAGUUGUCAACGCGUUGUAUGAAGUAUUGAUGUUCCCAAUUCUUCUAGAGAAUCAGCCCCUAUUCACUGAAUUUGAGUCGUUUGUUGAAGCCAUCGAUAAUAUGCAUGAAUUGGCUUUGUCAGGGCAUCAACAAUUUCCUGGAGUAUAUGCAUUGCUGUUUUGCAAGCGAAGUGUGCGUUCUGUUGGAUAUCGUUUGGCAGGAUCAAUGGGAAGAUUGAGGAGAGCAACAGACUUGGAACCUUUGCAGCCAAUGCUCAAGAAGUUUAUUGCCUGUUUAGAGGCAGAGACUUUACCAUCAGCUAUGGAAUAUUCAACACCACAGCCACAGCCAGAUCGUGCUUCUUUAUGGGUCGGCUUCAAAUCUUUGCUUGGCUUCAUGGAUUCUCCAGCUUUUGAAGAAGGGUUAUUGGAACACUAUCCCUUUUUUCUUGAUAUUGUACUCAAUCAUAUUAGCAGUGAUUCAGUUGAAUUUUCACAUGCUGUUACUUGCUUGAGACUUCUCUUCGAAAUGCUUGGUUGUAAGCUUUGGUUAAGGUCAAAAUUGUCUCCAAGUGUAAUGCGCAACACUCUGCUUGGUCAAUGUUUCCAUACUCGCAGUGAGAAAAUCCAUAAAGAUAUAUUUAGUCUUUUCCAGCCUUUUCUGCAGUCUCUGGAAGCUUUGCAAGAUGGAGAGCAUGAAAAGCAGCGGAGGAAUUUUCUCUAUUUUCUUCUUCAUCAAGUGCCAGUGAGCAGUAACUUCAGCAUUCUAACAAGAAAAUUAGCUUGCCAGAUAUCACUUCUUGUUGUGCAUCGAGGUUACACAAUGAAUCCGCCUUCUCCUCCUUUUGAGUGUGCACAUAUGUGGGGACCUUCCCUUGUGUCAUCCUUGAAGGACUCCUCACUUCACAGCUCUCUAAGACAGCCUGCUUUUGACCUCAUGCAGACUAUUAUAGUAUCUGAUGCUACUGCAUUAAUAUCUUCAGUGCUGAAUCACUGCACACCUAUAAGUAAUGUUGAUUGCAUGGAAUAUGAGCUGAAGGAUGACAACGAUAAAGUUUGGCUCUCAACUGUUUUAGAUAAAGAGAAAGAUAUUAGUUCUUGGAGUCAGUUUGACAUGCAGAGCAGAGUAACUUCUCAAGAGUGCAGAGAGUGGAUGUGCAUUCCAUUGUUAUGGGUUGAUGUUUUAGCUGAUAUGCAUCCCUCAGUCCUCCCAAUAUCAUUUUCAAAGGCCGUUUUCUGGGCACGAUCACGUUUUUCUAUGGUUGACCCUGAGAGCAGUGCAGAAAUGCUGCUUCCAAUUAGAACUUGGCUUUCAACUUACAUUUCAGAACUUUCCUCUUCUUUUGAGUGGAAGGUUCCGACUGGUUCUGAUGAUGGUGGAAAUGGGGACACAUCAAAAAACUCAGUGGAAGUGUUGACAAUGUCUUCUACUUUAAUAAGAACAUUCAGCAGGUUGACUGCACAUUUUUUAGUUCAGAUGGUACAAGGAGAACUCCGAAGACAGUGGACUUGGGAACCACAAAUGGGCGAAAGCUUAAUUCUUUCGCUUUUGGAUCCGAAUGAUAGUGUUAGACAGUUUGGCAAGUGUAUUUUGGAACAAGUCUCUGACACCCGUGGUCUUUCAUGUGGAUUAAGGUUUCUUUGUUCUUGCAAGGUGUCGUUGUCUGCCACUUUUUUGGGCCUGAAACAUGCUAUGAAACUGAUGCAAUUGGAUUCCGUUCUGUUGAAGUUUCAAGCACUGCAUCAUUUUUGGUUUCUUUUAUUCAAAUUACUGAAAGAAGGGGAUCUAACAGCGUCAGAAUUGCCAGAAAAAGCAGAGAGUGUCUUAAAAGUGCCGACAUUUUCUUCCCAAGGCGGGUUUUUGAAACAGCCAGAUUUUGAUUCUCUGCCUGUGGAUAUUGAUAAACGCGUUUCAGAUGUUGACUUAGAAACUAAAGAAAAAUUCAGUUACUUGUUAUCUGAAAUGGCCUGGCCUAUUAUCUGUAGAUAUCUGGGUAAAGGAAAAGAAUUUAUUGAUUACAAUCUUUGUCAGAUGACUUGUGUUCGGAUACUUGAGAUUUUACCUGUUCUUUUUCAAAGACUCCAAUCAUUUUGUGGCAAAAAGCUUGGGACUAUGACUAUGCUGGGUCAAAAUAAGUUGGAUUUCAGAUGGCUUUCUGAUCUCAUGGAGUGGGGAAAGUCAUCACUAAAGGUUGUAAUUGUUUACUGGAAGCGAACAGUUACUUGUUUAUUGAAUAUAUUGAAAGGGUCUUGUGCUAAUUCUGCUUCUGCAAUCGUUGCCCUAGAAAAUCUUAUUUCAAGUGAUGGUUGUCAAUUGCAAGAACUGAUGGAACAUGUGUCCCGCCUAUCUGUUUCUCUGUCUUCCGAAGGUGUUGAUAAUUUUCUUGAUGCUAGUGAGAAGCCCAGAUCUUCAGUAUCUGAAAAUACUUUGAAGAGCAAAUGUUUCACUUCAGAUAGGCACUCUUCCUUGUUGGAGGAUACAGGUGUGCAAAUUGGGGACCCACAAAUGCUGACCAGCAAAAAGAACAGAGAAAAUGUCAUUGUACUUUCUGAUGACGAAGGGGAACCAAAAUCUCUUAGCAAUAAGAACAUUCUGUCAGAUGGCAAGACCGGCCACAGCAAGUCUCUGUCCUCAGAUGCCGGUAAAAACAUAACAGUUGCUGACCCUGCAAAACAUAAUGUUUCUUCUGUAAAAACUUCCAGGGACCGGGGAGAGUCUGUCCAGGGAAAGGUUCCUAGCACCGUCUCUAGUAUUUCUUCUCAGAAAUUGGACUCUGAUAAUUUACAAGAUAAACCUGUGGUCACUUCCUUUGUUAAUUCAAAAGUUGUAGAUCACGGUGGCAAGGAAGCAAACUUAAAGUCCAAUGAUCUCAAUCUGACAACACUAUCUGAAGAACCUUCAAAUGCUGUGAAACCAAAUAAAGCUUGUGACAAUAUGACUUUGUAUAGUGGUACUAUGUCAACUAAUCCAAUUUUAAGUGAUUUAGUUCGUGAUAAUGGGGAUGAUCCUUUGGAAACUGCACUGAAGUCUGUGGGACGUACCCAGUUGUAUAUAGCAAAGCCUACUUCAGUUUCCAGAAGACAAGUUAUUCAGCUCAAAACUCCUUUUGAAAACAGAUCUGGCCGUCUGCAUAGAUUGGAGGAUAAUAUAAAAAGGUUCAAGCCACCAACAUUAAAUGAUUGGUAUAAGCCUAUUCUUGAAAUAGAUUAUUUUGCUAUAGUCGGAUUGGCUUCUGCAAGAAAAGAUGAAAGCCAGGCUAUAAGCAAACUAAAGGAAGUUCCUUUGGUUUUUCAAUCACCUGAACAAUACGUGGAGAUAUUUAGACCUUUAGUUUUGGAGGAGUUUAAAGCACAGCUGCACAAUUCUUUUGUGGAGAUGUCAUCAUGGGAGGGGAUGAUAUCUGGAAAACUUUCUGUGAUGUCAGUGGAGAGAGUUGAUGACUUCCAUCUUGUGCGUUUCAUACAUGAUAACAGUGACUCUGCUGAAUCAAAGAGCUUUUCAGAAAAUGACCUUGUUUUACUGACAAAGGAUCCUCCACAAAAAUCUUCACAUGAUGUUCACAUGGUUGGAAAGGUUGAAAGAUGUGAGAGAGGUAACAAAAGAAGUUUAACUAUUCUCCUUAUCAGGUUCUAUUUUCAGAAUGGCUCUUCACGAUUAAAUCAAGCUCGAAGGGCUCUCACUGAACGGAGUAAAUGGCAUGCAUGCCGGAUUAUGAGCAUUAUAUCUCAAAUUCGUGAAUUUAAUGCAUUGUCAUCUGUAAAGGGCAUUCCCUUACUUCCACUUAUUUUGAAUCCUCUCAAUGAUUCAUGUCAUCAUAAUGAAUUUAAGGAAGUGGAUCUUAGUAAGUUGCCCCAACCUUUACAGAAAACUUUUAGGUCAUCAUUUAAUGCCAGUCAACUCCAGGCUAUAAGUGUUACUAUUGGAACAGCUAAAGAAAAGAAAAAAUUUGAAUUGUCACUUAUUCAGGGGCCCCCAGGCACUGGGAAGACACGGAUUAUUGUUGCAAUUGUCAGUGGCCUGCUUGCUUCUCCUUCAGAGAAGAUGAGUUGCACCCAAAAUCCGUCAAAUGAAAACUUGAGUUCCAGUACGAGACCAAAAGUUAGCCAGAGUGUUGCAAUUGCGAGGGCAUGGCAAGAUGCAGCCUUGGCCAGACAGUUGAGUGAUGAUGUUCAAACCGCAUCAAAGUAUGCAGGAAAUUGUGUUAGACGAAGAGUGCUUAUAUGUGCUCAAUCUAAUGCUGCCGUGGAUGAGUUGGUCUCACGAAUUUCUAGCCAAGGUCUUUAUGGCAGUAAUGGGAAAAUGUACAAGCCUUAUCUUGUAAGGGUUGGAAACGUAAAAACAGUCCAUCCAGAUUCACUGCCAUUUUUUAUUGAUACACUUGUUGAUCAACGUGUGGCAGAAGAGAGGAUGCAUUCAAGGGAUGGGAAGGAUGAUUUGAGAGUAGAUUCUUCUGGGGCUUUGCGUUCCAGUUUAGAGAAAUUAGUUGAUUCUAUUAGGUUUUAUGAAGCAAAACGUGCAAGCUCAAGGGAUGGAAAUUCUAAGCAAAAGAAUCUUCUGCAUGAUGACUCUUGCAAGGGAGAUGAGAAGGAAAUGUCUGACACAGAAAUUGAGAUGCAGCUACGGAAACUAUAUGAACAGAAAAAACAAAUAUACAAGGAUCUUAAUAAUGUUCAGGCUGGGGAGAGGAAAGCCAAUGAAGAAAUCAAGGCACUUAGGAAUAAGCUGCGAAAAUCUAUACUCAGGGAAGCUGAAAUAGUGGUAACUACCUUAAGUGGCUGUGGUGGGGACCUCUACGGAGUUUGCUCUGAGACAAUGUUAAGCUCCAAGUUUGGGGGUCCGUCUGAGAAUACACUUUUUGAUGCAGUUGUAGUUGAUGAAGCUGCCCAAGCAUUGGAGCCUGCUACUUUGAUACCUCUUCAGCUCUUAAAAUCAAGUGGAACCAAAUGUAUUAUGGUUGGUGACCCAAAGCAGCUUCCUGCAACAGUCCUCUCCAAUGUCGCAAGUAAAUUUCUUUAUGAAUGCAGCAUGUUUGAACGUCUACAGAGGGCUGGCCAUACUGUUAUUAUGCUUAAUGAACAGUAUAGAAUGCACCCGGAGAUAUGCAAGUUUCCUUCACUGCACUUCUACGAGAGCAAGUUGCUAAAUGGCUGUGACAUGCCUAGUAAGUCAGCAUCGUUUCAUCAGACCAGGCGUCUUGGACCUUAUGUAUUUUAUGAUAUCAUCGACGGUCAGGAGCUUCAUGGAAAAAAUUCCGGUGUGCUAUCUCUUUACAACCAGCAUGAGGCUGAUGCAGCUGUUGAAUUGUUGAGGUUUUUCAGGAAAAGGUACCCAGCUGAAUUUAUUGGUAGAAGAAUGGGUGUUAUUACGCCAUACAAGUCGAGAAGUGGAUAUACUGUUACUCUCUACUGUAAGAGCAGCACGUUCAAACUCAGCUGGAUCUGGGAUCAAAUCAAGCUCUAUCGGAUUUGUUGCUGAUGUAAGACGGAUGAAUGUUGCCUUA